UGUGUGUUAAUAAAAUUUAAGUGAAAAGUUAAACAAUAGCCAUGGAUGAUGUGCGUCCACUGCAAUAUGAUAUCAAAUGGGAUGUAUGGGAGGGAAUGCCUAUUACAGAUAUCCAUUUCAAAAACUAUAACAUUGUCAUUGACUUUAUGUGGAAGAACUCAUUUUUGCAGAAUAUUGUGUUUAAGGGCGUGGGACUGCAUGAAAUGGAUGGUAUGAAGGAGAUCUAUACGGAUUAUUGUAUGCACAUUUUACGUAAUGAAUGUUCCGUUAUGAUGAUGAAUCGGGAAGAAACACAAAUCGUUGCCGUCGCUCUGCUUGAAUGGAUGACGGAUGAAUGGCAUUCUUGGAUUUUUCUGCCUUCGACUGUUUCGAAAGGUCUAUUUCAGGAGCUCAUCCUAUUGAAGAAAGAACUGAUGAAAAACGUUAAGCUUAGUUUAGAAUUGGAUAACUUUGACUGCUUAAUGGUACAUGAAGUGGGCUUCCCAGAGGAUUUGUUUAGCAAUAAUGAUUUUCAGAUCUGCAUCUUCGAUGUCUUUGGUGCGGUGGCACAGCAUAUGCAUAUGCCUCGGGUUUGUUUUAUAGCUCUGACAAUGAGGGAACAAUUUGCCGCUGAGAUGGCUGAAUAUGCCGAAUAUGGUAGAUCUAUAUACUCUAUUUAUAAGGUCGGCAGUCAGCGACCAUUCGAUGUCCUGCGCGACUUGGAUGAAAUGUAUGCGUUGCUCUUUAUGCUACCCCUAGAUCCGAUCUUGAUCUAUGAAAAUAUGCCCGGUUUUGAGGCAUUCCAGGAGGCUCUGAAAGCCAAAGAGCGCAAAGAACGAGAGGAAGAGUUAAUGCGACUGAAUGAAAUGUGAUGCUAUGUAAUACUUUUUGUAGAAUCUUUUUAAUGAAUAUUUGUGAAUAU